AUGGCGUCCUCUAGAGAAGAAUCCCUGGUUUUGAACACAGCUCGCGAGGUGCUUAAAGAGGCCGAAAAUCUGGUCCAAUAUCUCGAGAAGAAGAAUCUCCCCGAGCCAAACUUUACCUCGAGCUCGCCUGCACACCCAGCUGACAAUGAAUACGAUGACAUUCGUAUCCGCCUUACAGACGCAGCACAAGAUCUUAUACUUAUUGCAAAGGGUCCCAUGCAGUGGCUUCGUACGUUUAUGUGUUCAAUCCAUGAUCUAGGCGCGUGGCAGACAGCCCUACGGUUCAAAUACUUCUCUAUCGUGCCCCUCGACAAGCCCAUGUCGGUCAAGGACAUGGCCGUGGUAGCGAAGAUGGAUGAAGAUCGCCUUGGACGUAUUAUGAAGUUCCUAGCUUCGCAGAGAUGCUUUCAAGAAGUAGAAGAAGACGUCUACGAGCACACAGCCUUGUCUGCGUUCGUUGCGCAGAACAAGGACAUCGAGGCGAUAGUCGCUUUUCAAAUUGACGAGAUGUUCGAGGCGGCCUCUCUGACAGCUACAUCGAUCGAAAAGGCUCCGUAUACCAUUGAUGCCGACCAUAGUGCCUUCAGUCUUAGGUUCGGCAUUUCUCCUUACCAGUGGUAUACGGCGAAUCCUGAACGUGGCACACGCUUUACAUCAGCCAUGGCCGGCCUUGCUCAAAUGAACCGAGACACAGCGGAGAUAAGAGACAGCUUCCCUUGGGCGAGCCUCACUAACAAAACCGUCGUAGAUGUGGGUGGGGGUAGCGGGCAUGUAGCAAUCUAUUUGGCAACACAAUUCGCCGACCUCGAGUUCAUUGUGCAGGAUGUGAACCCCGGCAUGCUUUCCGAAGGUCCAAAGCGUCCGGAAUUCGAAUUGGUAGGGAAUCGCGUCUCCUUCAUGCAAUACGACUUCUUCGAGCCGCAGCCCAUCACCAAUGCGGGGCUGUUUUUCUUGCGGCAAAUCACGCACAACUACCCGGACGACGUCUGCGUCAGGAUCCUGAAGGCCUUCGUUCCCGCCAUGGAGAAGUGUGCGCCGGGCACGAUUCUAUUGAUCAAUGACAUGGUGUUACCACCCGCAAACGCGAAACCCAAGGUCGAAGAGCACCAUCUACGGCAGGUCGAUAUGGCUAUGAUGAACGGUUACGCCGCCAAGCAACGAUCCUUGAAGGAAUUUGCACAUUUGCUGAAGCAGGCUGACGAACGGCUUAAGAUUGUCGAUCUCCAUGGCAAGGGUGUUAUGGGGCUUGUGGAAGUUCAACUGGUUCAGUAA